CCUGCAGCUCACCGACAUGAACUGGCGCUACCGGUCGGAGCGCGAGCAGGGCCACUGCAACAACACGGGCUGCCCUUGCCCCAAGGGGAAGGUCCUGGGCGGCUCGAGCGCCAUCAACGGCCACGUCUACAUCCGCGGCAGCCGGGAAGACUACGACGACUGGGGUAACGUGCUGGAGGACGAAAGCUGGCUCUUCCCCUCCGUCCUUCCCUUCUUCCUGCGCUCGGAGAACGCCCUGGAGGAGGACUUGGCGAGGGACACCACGUUCCACUCCAGGGGCGGGCCUCUCCCCGUCCAGCGCCUGCCCGCCGUGGACCCCGUCAGCAAGGUGCUGGUGCAGGCCAUGAAGGACAUCGGCCUCGACGAGCGGGACCCCAACGGCGCCGUGCAGGCGGGCGUCUCCAUGGCGCAGACCACGACCAUCAACGGCGAGCGGGCGAGCGCCAACACGGCCUUCCUCAGGCCCGUGCUCGACCGGCCCAACCUGGAGGUGCGCACGCGCGCGCACGUCACCAGGGUCCUGUUCCGCCGCGGCGAGGCCAGCGGCGUGGAGUACCGCGACGGAUACACCGGCACGCUCAAGAGGGCGUACGCGAGCAAGGAGGUGGUGCUGAGCGCCGGCGUCAUGAACUCGCCCCAGAUCCUUAUGCUGUCCGGAAUCGGCCCAAAGGAGCACCUCUCGUCACUCGGCAUUAAGGUCGUCAAGGACCUCCCCGACGUCGGCGAGAACCUGAUGAACCACGUGUCCAGCCUCGGCGUCGAGUUCCUGCUGCCGCAGGGCUGGCCCGCCCUGCCCGCCGACAUCAACGCCCGCGAGCAGGACUUCACGAACUUCGUCCCGGGCGGCCCGCUGUCGUCCAUCGGGCCGGAGGAGGUGACCGCCUUCGUCAGAGGGCCGGAGCCGUCCGUCGACAGCCGGCCUGUGUGGAACCUGCGGUUCUUAGGCAUCAUCCCCAAGUCGCGCGGCGGGAACGUGUGCAACCGCGCGCCGCCGCAGGAUCCGCUGUACUACGACCGCAUCCAGGUGACGCCCGUGCUGCUGGACUGCAAGAGCGUGGGCUCGGUGCGGCUGCGUAGCGCUGACCCGCUCGCGCCGCCGCUCAUCCGGCUCAACCUGCUCGGCGACAAGCCCGGCCGCGACCUGCGGCUGCUCGUGCAGGCGCUGCAGAUGUCGGCCGCGCUCGAGAACACGCCCGCCUUCCGCGCCGCCAACCUCACGCUGAACCGUGCGCCUCUGGCCGGCUGCGAGCAGCACGCCUUCGGCUCGACGGCCUACUGGGAGUGCGCGGCGCGCACGCACACGCUCAACCCCUCCCACACGGCGGGCACGGCGCGCAUGGCGGCGCCCGGGCGGCCCGGCGUGCUCGACUCCAGGAUGCAGGUGCGCGGCGUGCCGAGGCUCCGCGUCGUGGACGCCAGCUCCUUCCCGCUGCUGCCCAGCGGCCUCCCCAACGCCCCCGUCAUCAUGCUGGCCGAGCGGGGCGCGGACUUCAUCCGGCAGACCUGGGGGUAGGCCGCCCGCGGCGCCCAGGACGAAUGACCACCAAAAGUCCUCAUCCUCCCCCUCACGUCCCACGGUGGGACCGCAGAAGUGGGGGGCAAGGGGGCUCAAAUGCCCCCCCCCCCCGUUUUUCUACCUUAAGCGCAGAUGUUCUCUAAUAUGUGUUCUGAAUUCUGUAAUGAAUGCAGUAGAACUACAAC